GUAGUGCUGGAGAAAGCCUGUACACGCGGUCGAUAAGCUCAGAGAGCCGGCGACACACCUUGCAGCAUUUCCUAGGAUCCAGGCUGGACCUUCACUGACUCUUCGGCACGUUCGCUAUUAAUGAAAGCGGGUGCAGGGGGAGGAGCGCGGGCCAAAUAUUUACACUGGAAAUAACUUGAAACUCUACAGGUGUAGGAUUUGACAGGUUUGUCUUUGUAAACUUAUGGAGGAUCUUUGAGGCAACUUUUGUUUCUGGUAAGGGCGAGUGACUUCAACUAACUUGGAUAGAGUGGGCGGGAUGAUUAAGACCAUUGGGGAAUGGUUCUGGUGGGACCGCCUCUGGCUGCCUGUUAACCUGACGUGGGCGGAUCUGGAGGAUAAGGAUGGGAGGGUCUACGCCAAAGUGUCGGAUUUGUACAUCACCCUGCCUUACUCAAUAGGCUUCCUUAUAGUUCGAUAUGUGUUUGAAAGGUUUGUAGCCACAGCGCUAGCUGAAUGCCUCGGUGUGAGAGGAAAGAGCAGGCAGAAAGCAGUAGAGUCCAAUCCCAUCCUUGAACAGUAUUAUAUCUCACAGUCCAAAACCCCAGCAAAGGCAGAUAUUCAGGGCCUGUCCAAAAAAUGCAGCUGGUCCAGCAGACAGGUGGAGCGCUGGUUCAGGAGGAGGCGCAACCAGGAGCGCCCGGGGGUCCUGAAGAAGUUCAGAGAGGCCAGCUGGAGGUUUGUGUUCUACCUUGCAGCUUUCAUCGGCGGCAUUGUAGCUCUGUAUGAUAAACCGUGGUUUUAUGAUUUACGAGAAGUCUGGAUGGCCUAUCCGAAACAGUCCAUGCUGGAGUCACAAUACUGGUACUACAUACUGGAGAUGAGCUUUUACUGGUCCCUUCUUUUCAGCAUCACGUUCGAUGUCAAACGAAAGGACUUUAAAGAGCAAAUCAUUCACCACUUAGCCACACUGACCUUACUGGCGUUCUCCUGGUGUGGGAACUACAUCCGUGUUGGGACUCUGGUCAUGCUCGUCCACGAUGCCUCUGAUGUGCUUUUGGAGUCUGCCAAACUCUUCAACUACUCCAAAUGGGAAAGAGCCUGCAACAGCAGUUUUGUUCUGUUUGCUGUUGUGUUCAUGGUGACGAGACUCGUUAUCUUUCCAUUCUGGAUUAUCCACUGCACAUGGGUGUACCCCCCAGACUACUACCCUGUUUUCUUUGGGUAUUACUUCUUCAAUGCUGUGCUGGUUAUUCUCUUGAUGCUGCACGUCUUCUGGGCUUACCUGAUACUCCGCAUGGUGAAGAAGUUCCUCUUUGGCAGUUUAACCAAAGACGAAAGAAGUGACAAUGAAGAAGAAGAAGAUGAUGAAGAAGAAGAAGAAGAAGAAGAAGAAAAGUGUAGCAUAUCUGAGGAACAUGCUGGAUACGUAAAAGUGACCAACGGCUGUGGAGGACGAGGCACAGCAAACCGUCACUAACAGUGACAGAGAGAGUGCUUCCCCACGUUUCAUGGUGGUGACUGAAGGACCUUAAUUGAUGAAGUUUGUGGACUCCCAAGGUGGACAGCAGCCAGGAAAUGGCUUUUGAAGUGGACAAUAAGACACGUGUGUGCCAGAGAACUGAUCACAACACAUUUUUACACAUUUUACAUACAAGUAUCUUUCAACGAUGCAACAAAACACAAACAAAUGACUCUUUCCGCUCGCUCAGUGCCAGUGUACCCUCGCGUCGGCUCCGUCAUGUUGGCCAUGCUCUCUCUGUGACCUACAAACUGAGCAAGAACAGAUUACCGAAGGGAAAUAAAAGCUGUCAACCAGAAAGCAAAAGAAAUGUAGCUUUUCUUCUCCGUCCUGCCUAAUGGGUUCCUCAUUGUUUCUGCUGCUGUUGCUGCUCCUCGUCAUCCAUCAAGGCCUUGUCUUUGUCUUUCGCAGGCUCCUUCCAUCUCGCAGUCUGGCAGGACGAGGCUCUCUGCAGCCCCUGGAGAGUGGAAAUCGCACUAUAGGUUUUCUCCUUUUGCCAGAUGACGGUAUAGAAAAACACAGCCUCUUUCCACCCCCCCUUGUGAGGUCCUGCCCUUGCAGGGAAUGGUAAAGUUCUGGGAAACACAUUACAAGGAAAAGGAAAAGUGUCCGUUUUGCCUUCUCUUGAAGUUAUGAGCUGUGUAAGCUGCCACAGCUAGGAUAAGAGAACUAAGUCUCUGGUGUAAAAGAAGAAAAAAAGGAAAAUAUAACCCUCAGAACCCUUCACACUGUUAACCCUUAACUCCUAAGUUGCCAUAAUUUAACAGAGCUACAGACAAAUGGUAUCUGUAGUCUGACUUCCAGUACAAUGGAGAUCACCUGGAUGGAGUGGAUACAGUAUAUACAGUAUACACACAAUCACAAAAACACAACCCAUCCCCACUGUGAAGCUUGGUGGUGGCGGCUCCAAUCCAUGUGAAGAAGGCUUGUAAAAAAUGACAGAAUGUAGCAAAAUAUAGUGAAAUCCUGCAGGACAAUCUUAAUUCAGUUUGCAUUAGAACUAUGAACAUCUGAAGUGCAUUAUUAAUCUGUAGAACUUCUAGCAAUCAUUGGCUUUUUUCCUAGAUAACUACGGUAUGUUCUUAUAUAUUUUACCUCAUUCACCUUCAGACAACUUCUGAAAUCUAUUUGAAUUCGGGCUUGAGAUGUAGUUUAAAUUAAGCCAUAAUGGAAGACUUCAUGUAAAGAUCACUGAUACACAUUCAUCUGCUUACAGUGCUUGUAACAAAGGUACUUCAAUGAAAUCAUGGUCAAUAUACAGGUGCAUCUCAAAAAAUAUGAAUAUCAUCGAAAAGUAAUUCAGUUCAAAAUGUGAAACUCAUAUAUGAUAUAGAUGCAUUGCACAGAGUGAUCUAUUUAAGCAUUUAUUUAUUUUAUUGUCGGUGAUUAUGCAUUCGAGCCAAUGAAAACCCAAAAAUCAGUGUCUCCGAAAGUUAGAAUAUUAUAUAAGACCAGUAAGUACUUUUGUGUGGGCAGUGUGCCAAGUCCUGCUGGAAAAUGAAAUCUGCAUCACCAUAAAAGUUGUCAGCAGAGGGAAGCAUGAAGUGCUGUAAGAUUUUCUGUGAAAACACCGAACUGACCACCAAAACACCAGCAGAUGACAUGUCUCUCCAAACCAUCACUGAUUGUGGAAACUUCACACUAGACCUGUGUGUCUCUCCACUCUUCCUCCAGACUCUGCUCCCUUGUUUUCCAAAUAAAAUGUAAAAUGUACUGAUGAUCAGUAAUGGUGUGGAGAGCCAUGUCAUCUGCUGGAGGAUUUUAAGUGCUUUUAGUGUGAAAAAAAGGGAACAGUACAGGGGAUUAGACAGACCACAUUUGGAAUGUUUCUUCAUUCACUUGCAUAUGAAGAUGUACUGUAUUGGACAACACAAGGAAGCUUUUCUUUACAGGAAUCUGGUGCACAGAACGGCACCAUCUGUAGAAGAUCUGCUGCUGCUCUGUUUUAGUUCUGAAGCGUCAUACUUAACAUCAUGCUGAGAGGAGAGACAGUGUGAGGAGGAGCGAUGAACAAAUCGGUACAAAGAGUUAAUCAUACUUUUUGUCAAACCAUUUCAGACUUGAAAUAUAUUUUACAUGUUUAAAUCCAUUACAGCUUUCAGGCACAUUUGCACAAGCUGUCAGAAGAAAGACUGUAAGGUUGAAGUGAAGAUGUUGAUUGUCAGGAAUGUUUUUAAUUAAAAGGCCCAGUUUUUGAUCAAA